AUGGCGCUCUCCAACUCAGCCAUCAUUGUCAUUGUCCUCGUUGCCUGUCUCGCAGCAACCGCACUGGGAGCAUCGUUCUUUAAGCACUACAAACCUGCCGAUGGAGAGACCCCGUUCAGUCCGGGCCACAAUCAGAAGGUCUACAUGGCCGAAGUGCGAGCUCGAGGAUUUGACCAUCUGAGGCAAAUAUCCUGGAGUGGUAAAGAUCUGGAGUCGCGUUAUACUCCAGCGGGGCCAGGCUACUAUCACCCCCACACUUACACCGAAGACACCAACACCUACACAAAAGACACAGGGAGCAGCGCGUAA